AUGGGAUCUUACGACUAUAAAGAAGACUUUGAGGUACUGACUAUUAACACCAUUGAUUUUAAAGACUUUGAAACAGUUUUGGAUGAUAAAUGCGUCGCAUUUAGUUUAUUAGACACACCGGGUCAAGAUGAUUAUGAACAUUUACGACCACUUGCCUAUAACAAUGUCUCAGCAUUUAUUAUUUGUUACAGCAUAAAUAAUAGAGAUUCAUUUGAAAGCAUUUCCAUCAAGUUGAUACCAGAACUUAAGUUGAUAUUUGAGUGGCCAGUUCCUGUUAUUUUAGUUGCAACAAAAAUAGAUUUGAGGGAUUAUCCAAAUGUAAGGCAGAAGGAGUUAUUAAUAACAACAGAUGAAGGCUUACAACUUGCAAACCAAAUACAAGCGAAUAAAUUCAUUGAAUGCUCAGCAAAGUUAAAUAUAGAAAUUAGGGAGGCAGUUCAUGAAGCUUUGCGUGCAGCUCUUCAGGAACUUGAGAAAGAAAAGUUCGAAAAAAAGGUUUCAUGCUUUCCAUGUCGUCAAUCCUAAGAAGGUAAACAAGAAAGCAGAUUGGAAUCAAUUAGAUAUGUUCUUUGUUAACGUGUAAGGUUUGUUCGCC